GAAUCUGUUGUACACAUGGGCUACACAUGCAUGUAUGUAUGUAUGAAACCCAAAAGUGUGAACAAUAUGUGCCCUGUGCCUCCUCACCCAAACAGUAAUAGAAGAGUGUGUGUGUGUGUGUGCGUGUGAAUGUGUCAACAGCAGAAAAGAGUAGUUGUAGUGGUGGAAUACUAAUCUGCCAGGUGGGGCUCGUAAAGAGCAGCACAGGGAGGGACGGAGAUGGAGGGGACCUGCCUUGACCUGUUUCAGACAUGAAGGAGACAAAAAAAAAAAAAAAUACUGAUGACUUUCCAGUAAGGCUCGCCCUCCCAGCCAGCUGUAGAUUACACCAGCUGAGCCACCAGCUUGUGGUGCUGUGAAGCCACUUUCCUCCUGCACUGCACGCAGGCACUUGCAUGGCAGCUUUUCAUGGUGGUAGAUGUGUGAAAAGGGUUUCCUAUUUUUUCGGGACAGCAUGUGUGGAGGGAAUGUCUGCACUUUAUGCCGUCAGUUUGGACGUGUUGGGAGAAAUGCAAAGGGAAAAUUAAAUGAGAGUACCAGCAAACUGAAAAGUGAGAUGUCUAAGCUUUCCCCGAUUGCUGCUUGAUCCUUACAGUUGCAAAUCUUCUUCUCAUUAGGAGUGGUUGCACUGGCUCUCAGGAGGGAUAAAUCCCAGUGGAUGCAACGUUUUGACUUUCAGCCCAGUAACUAAACACGAUUCCUCAGUGCAGCUAUUGUUGCUCAUGUCGUCACCGCCUUCCCCAGCUCUUGUUUUGGGGGUCUUUAAAGGGAUCUUGAUGCCGACAAGUGAAAGUCGCACAAAGACGGUUUGCCCCGUGUCCUGUCGCGGAGUUGUCGCCUGCCAUGCAAAGCAAUAAUCAUACCCCUUCUCCCUUCUUUUACGACCUGGGCUAUACCACGCAUGAUUGGUUUUCCACUCCGCAAAAUGCUGCGACCGCCCUAUGAAACUGCCUGCACUGCUUUGGGUGAAACCAAAAACUAAUCAUUAUGGGUGUCCAAUAAGGGUAAUUAUCAGACUAAGUACUGGACCUGGGGAUUACGGAGUGGCUAAAUGACUGCUCUGGGGAUUAAAUUAAAAUAUUGAGGUUUUCUGCCUGGGAGAAUCAAACCGCCGGGAAUGUCGAACCCAGCCUGCCGGUGGUAGUAAUACUGCCACUCCGCACAUCAAGUAAUGCACAGAGCCCCUGUUGUUAGCGUAGGACCGUCACAUCAGUGUGGAAUUACAGUCCGUGGACACCGGUGUCGUGUACUGCAAGUGGAUGCGAAUGAGGAAAGAUCAAACUGUGUUGUUAUCAAAAUGCACAAUAAAAACCACCAUCAGUUAACGAAGACAACUUCCAUGUUUGCAGAGCUUAUUUGUUCUCAAAGGAAUAAAUAGCAGAAGAAAAGUCAGCACCCAUGUGAGCAGGUGUGUGUGUCCUUUGCGGUGUAACCUACACACGGAUGGCUCAGAUUGAAUUUGGACCGGAUGGUGUUGGUGUUAGUUAUUAUUAGUGGUAGACUCGCGGCCUCCUUGAAAUAGUGCAGAUGAGUCAUGGUCUCCUACAGGCUUGUAUUUAAAGCCCACACAGCCUGUGAGUGUAUAGCCUUUAUUAGAGAGUGUGUGUGUGUGUGUGUUGUGUGAUAAUGCAAUAAUGGGCUCAGUAUCCGGGACAGAGGCUGCUAUUGACAAUACGCAGGCCAGCUGUAGUUGCUGUCAGUCUAUUUGCAGACUCGCAAAAGAGGAUGGCUUAAAGCCAUACAGAUGCCUAAAUGAGACUGAAUGAGACCUGAAAUGAUUAGUCAAUUAAUCAAUUAGUCAAAUGACAGGAAAUUAGUCUGCGACUAUUUUUCGAGCAAAAAUUCUAAACCUUGUUCCAGCUUAUUAAUUGGAAGGAUUUUACGCUUUUCUUUGUCUUUUGUGUUUGUUAACUGAAUAUCCGAGGCUUAUAGAGCCUGUUAGUCAUACAAAUCAAUCAAUAUAGACCAAAUAAUUUGAUCGGUCGAGAAAGUAAUCGGCAGCUUGGUUGAUGAAGUGAAACGUUAGCUGUGACCACAGGGGUGGGAGUGCGCAUGUCAGCUGCUUGUAUGUUUGCUUAUUUAGGCUCUAUCGUGUUGCUGAAAUCAACAGAAAAUGAAUCAACAACAAGCAACGGAUAAUCCAAGUUAUUAAGCAAAAAUACCCGACAUUGUCUGCUUUCAGCUUGUCCAGUUUUAGAAGUUGCUGCCUCUCUUGGUUUCACAUCAGUAUGAGUUAAAUCAUUUGGGUAUUUCAGCUGUUGAUGGCGUCAUCUCUUAGGUUCUGGGAACUUGUGAUAUUCAAUGUUUUUUUGGUUUGUUUGUUUGUUUUUACACUAAACUUUCCAUAAUGAGAAUAGUAAUUUUCUUGCAGCACACUGUGUAUGUCUCUGAUGUGUGGAGCCAUCGCACUCUGGAUUCCAGACCUUUUUUUGUCUGAAACUUUUUCUAUCCCUAUCACCUCCUUCUGUUUUUUUUCUGGUCUUCUGUACACACUCAUUUUCCCUCUUCCUCCUUUUCUCCCUCUCCUUCUCCCUCUGUUCUCAAGCCUCUCUUCCCUGCCAGCUUUCUUUAUCAGUGGUAGGCCAGUGACGGGGCAGGACUCUGUGAUUUCAGCUGCAGUUCAAACGACUCAAACUUUGCGUGUGUGUGUGUGUUCGCGAGUUCACUGCGUGCAUGCAUGUCUGCGUGUCAAAGCGCUUUUCCUCGGCGCAGUUGUCAGCCGUGUCGAUCUGUCAUCGGAUACUAGAGUCUGAAAGCGUCAAUCACUCAGCGUGUAGUAGAAGUACAUCACGGCUCCAGUUCCUCCAACUCUGCCUCUCAUUAACACAUGCAGUGAAACACACAUGCGCAUACACACACACACACACACACACACACACACAGAGCAACCGAUAUGUGCUCUCACUCUUAAUAAGAAAAUUCACGCUAAAGAAAGAAUGGUUUCUGUUCAUACAUGUGUGAAUGAAUCCCCUCCUCGUUAGUCCUCCAAAGCGUGCCAAACAACGACCUCCUCAUUACCGACUGCUCUGGCGGCUUUCUGUCCCGUUUGGUGGCGUGGUCAGUCAUGGAGGCCUCGCCGCUCUGCUGUAGCUGCAGGUGACUGUGAACCAACAGUUUUAUCACGGGACAUCUGCUCCCAUGAAGCCUGCAGCUGCACGUGACCGAAGUGUGUGUCCAAUCAUAUAAUAUGACAAAUCUCCGUUGGUUGACACAUUUUAUGCCCUACCAUGUUAUUGAUGUUUUGGCUAAGCCUACAUGAAACGGGCUUCAAAAUUUGUCCCAAUUGACAAAUAAAUUUUUUACUUUUACCUUAAUCUAAGCCUUUACAGCUGUAGCCUUGUGCAAUAUUUUGUAUUUUCUACAUUGUGUCAUCAUGCACUGCAAGAUUGUGUAAUCCUGACUUCUGCUUCACCAGUGAGCUGCACUGACAUCUCUGCUGUUCACUGACCUGUAAGAGAUUUUCUUGAAUCCCUGGGUGGUUAUCAAACCUGUUACGUGAGCAGGUGGUUAUGAAAUAAGAAUAUUUUUGGACAAAAUGGGAGAGCUGUCAUGAUCAGGUGAUUGGUCGAAUGGAAGAACAUUAUUUGUCAUAAAUAUUAAUAAUCUGUUCAUCUUUUCAGCCAUUUUUGGGCAAAAAUGUCAGACAUUUGCUGGUUCCAGUUUCUUAAAUGUACAGAUUUGUUGCUUUUCUUUGUUAUGUAUGAUAGUGUGUGAUAGUCUUUGAGUUUUGGACUGUUGGUUGGACAAAAGAAGCAAUUUGAAGACGUCACUUUGGGCUCUGGCGAAUUGUUUUUGUGAUUUUUAUUUUAACAUUUUAUAGACUUUACAAGAUUAAUCAAUGAAUCCUGAAAAUAAUCUGCAGAUUACUUGAUAAUUAAAAUAAUCAUAGUGGCUGCCCUACGAAAGAGGCUGUUGCUAAAUGGUCAACUUUAUUUCUUCACUUAACGUUUGGUCACAGACAAAAGCUGAAGUUCUUGAAUUGUUUGUAUCGAAACUCUGCUGUCGAGAGGCAUGAUAUUAAUGAUUCAUCGAGUCUGAGGAAAAACGUGUGUUUUUGUAACAUACACUGAAGCUUAACUUGGACCUCUGUUCCCACAGUACUGCCGGGCACUCUGAAUGACACAUUUCCAUUUCCUUGUUAUUCUUUUAUGUGUAACAAACUUGCAGGCAGAUGACAGACAGAUGUUGCCUUUUCUUUUGUCAUUAUCAAGAAUUCUUCACAGCUCAGUGAAGAUAUGUAAAUGUACACGUUUGUAAAUCUGUUUGCUCUGUAUGUAGCUGGAGGUCUACAAAGCCAGGAGGAUAGCAUAACAGCACUUAAACGACUUUUCCGUUGGUAAAUUUAAGGUAAGGUAACCUCAUUAUGGCAUGUCGACUGAGAAGUUAAAAACGGUGAAAACUCAGCUUGAAUUUAGCUUAAACAUUUGACUGUUGGAUCAGAAAACCUGGAGCAUCAGCAGAAUCUCUAGCAAAUUUCUGGACAUAUUUUUGUGACAGAAUAGAAAGCUGACUCGGAUACUGGAAGCACUUCUAAAGUGUACAGCCUCAAAACAGAUGUCUUCGGUGCUCCUCUGUCACUGUUAUCGACUGGUUGUAAUGCAGAUCUGCACCAGACUUCCAAACUGCCUCCCCAUAUUUCAGGAAUUUUCAUUUAUGAACAGCCAUCCCUGCCAUGCAGCCUGUAAAACCAGGUGGCUGCCCUGCUGUUGACCAUGUGAUGGUUCUCAAGCUAUAGAAACUGAAGAGAUUACACUUAUUUUUCCAGCUUUGUUAAUGCUUCCACUUCCAUACGUUUGAUCUCGGAUCCAAAGCUAGCUGUGAAUCAGUAGUUCAGUCAUCAGGCUUCACUCUAAUAGCUUUCUCAUGUGAGUCAGCUUUUGAAGUCUUAAGUCGGUCUCUUUGUAAACUUUUUCAAACAAUGACAUUAUCUUGUAGACGCAGCCUCCUUAGAGCUUUCAACAGGCAGUAAUGUGGUUGAUAACCUGUUCUCCUGUUGAUUUUCAAACCGAAAUAAAUAUAAAUAAUGACUCCUUGUCUAUUUCUGUCAUAACCCCUGUUUUCAGUGCUGAGUGUCAGUCCUGCCAAGAAUGUAUUUGUGGCUGUUGGAUGUACCCAGAUAGCUGCGGGUGAUAAGUCCUCAAAUGUUUAAUCGGCAGCCUGGCCAGGCUACCUGCCCCACAAGGCUGGAGUUUGGACCGCAUAAUGUGGGUCACUCAGCUACUGUGUUUGUGUUUUACAUGCUGUCAGGUUGACCUGAAACACAGGUUUCCUCGUGGUUUUGGGAUAGUCAUACUUUCCAAUCGGUUCCUGUGUGGGAUUUAAGUUUCUGUUGGACGUUUCAACCUUGAGAUGGAGGAGCUGAACCUGCCACAGACAAGAGGAUGUAUCUAAAAUAUGACAGAUUUGUCUGCUAAACACCACUCUGAGGGAACUUCAAUGUCUUAAGGCUACAAUCACAAAAUAAGACGCAGAGGCCGCAGAGAGAAGAGUAUUUCCCCUACAAACUAAGGGAGUUGAUGUCACUACAACACAAAUGCGGACCUCCCAAAACGUUGUCAUCAAAUAAUCUGAAGAAAGGAAACACAACAGUUAGAAAACAAAAAAAUUUCUAGCCAUGUCUGACCAUAAAGACAUGACACAUCGCCACCUGCGGCACAAGCUACAGAGUCUCGCCCGAAGACUGGAGGAACUGGAAGAAGCAACUAACAAGCUGCAGAAGUCUGAGGAUGAGCUACUUGACCUACAGGACAAAAUCAUUCAGGCAGAAGGCAGCAACUCAUCCCUGCUUAGUGAAGUGGAGGUCUUGAGGAAAAAUCUCCUGAAGAUCCAGGGUAAAGAUGAGGAGGUACGCAAAGCUGAGGACCUCUGUCGCACCGUCAGAGAGAAACUGGAAGAGGAGGAAAACCUUACCAAGGACCUAAGGGCUGAGAUUGAACGUCUACAACGCAGGAUGGCUGAACUUGAGAAACUGGAAGAAGCUUUUGGGAAGAGCAAGUCUGACUGCAGCCAGCUCUGCCUAAGCCUCAAUGAGGAGAAGAACUUGACUAAGAAGCUCUCGUCUGAAUUGGAGGCCCUCAGAGCACGUUUGAAGGAGGUGGAGGGGUCUGAGACAAAGCUGGAAAGAGCAGAGCAGGCUUUGGCUAUGGAGCUUGAGAAGCUCAAAGGAUUCACCCAGACCUUUGUAAGUGAGCGUAAGAGGUUACUAGAGAAGCAGAGAGAGGACGAGAAGAUCAUUCUAAAGCUCACUGAAAAAUUGGAACGCCAGAAGAAUCGCCUUGGCAUGUCAGCAGACACUGAUCAUGCAGAUAUCAUUAGAUCACGGAUUGAGGAUGAGCUUUCUUCCACUGGACUCCACAUGAGUAAACUGGCAGGACGCAAGAAGAGUCUUGACUACUUGAAGAUGGCUGAUGACAACAUCAGUCUUGUGAACAAAUCAGAGAAUGAGAAGAACAGCAGUCUCGAGGGCUCGCAGGAGGAGGACAACAAAGUGAAGGAGCUGACACAGGAAAUAGAGAGGCUGAAGAACCGCCUUAAACAACUGGAGAUAGUGGAGGAGGAUCUAAAGUGCUCCGAGUCCAAAAAUGGUGAACUUAAUGAGAAGUUCCAGAUUGAAAGAAACCGGACGCGCCUACUAAGCGAGCAGGUGGAGCAGCUCAGGACGCAGCUGUGUGGAAAAGGUGGAAUUGGAAGAAAUGGAACCGGUAAUGUGGAUAAACAUGGCAAUGAAAGCGCUAACAUUUUCCCCAACAGCUCAGCUAAAGUCCUGGAGAAUGGCAAAGCUGAAAAUGAAGAGCUUAUUGUGAAGGGAGGUUUCAGACAAGAGAAGCCCAAAUACAGGAGUGCAGCAACUGUCUCAGAACCAAGUUCCCCCAGACACAGGAACAGGGAGCUCUCUCCUCAGCAUAAGAGAGAGACCAAACUGAGGAGCAAAGAGCUGAGCCACUCUGAGGAGAGCUCUCCGAAGUCUGUGAGGAGACCCCUCAGUCCUGCUCACAAGAGUAGAAGGACACCCAAAACCCCAACUACUGCAGUUUCGUCUGACAACGGGAUAAGAGACACAGGACGAGGAACUGACGAAAAGACAAGAGGAGCCACUCUCUGCUCUAUGAACACACCUUUAAGUGAUACUAAAAAGGCACCCGUUCUUAGUCGCUAUCCUCCAGCAGCUAAUGACCAGAAGCCACUGAGAACAGCUCACAAACAGACUGAUGGAGAGACUAAAAAGAACAGAGUAGAAAAGUUUUCAAAAUUGUAUGUGGGUAGUGAUAGUGAAUCAAACAACUCUGAUGUAGUACCUGAAAGUUCCAAUAACAUCAGCAGCAUCUCUGCUUUAGAGAAGGACGCAGCAACUGCCUCGGAUCAGGAAUCAGCAGACCAGGUUCAGGAAUCUGUUUCCAUAUCUGUCGCCUCAACCCUGUCCAAAGCCAAUGGAUCCUACACAGCCUAUAGAUCCCAUGUCACUCCUCUGCUGCCCAAUGACCAGGGAUCAGAGGGUCAUUCAUCUGCCUCAGAAACAGAAUCUACCGGUUCAAGGCCCUCUGAACCAGAGCCGGUAACAGAGACAGCUACUACAACCAUAAGCAGUAGGACUCCAACCUCCAGAUAUCCUCGAUACUCCCAUGUCCAUGACUCGCAUUCAGAGGGUUCUUCUACCAGGAGCUCAUUUGAUGAGGAGCUCCACAGCAGAACUCAGUUACCUGAUGGAGGCCCUCAAGGGCCCGUGCAUACUGCAUCUGGGAUUGAGAUACAGCGAGUGUGCAGCCCACGUGAGGCGCUGAGGUCAAAAGCUGUCAUCAAGCCUGCUAUCGUCGAGAUUGACAGGAAGGAAGUGAUGAUUUCAGAACCUUUGUCUACAAAUGGCAAGCCCAAGAUCUCCACCAAACCUAUGGUGACCACCACUAGUAAAAUGACCAGUAGUAUAACAAUCUACCCCAGUGACCCAAGUUCUUCCAGAACCAGCAGUCGCAGCAGCAGUGUGUCCAGUGAACCAUUACCGGUCAAAGAACGCCACACCUCCACCAGUAACAUCCUAAUAGGACCCAGCAGUGAGCACCAUGGCAGUAUCUCUGUCCCAUAUGAGAUCUCCAUUCCCAAGAGUGAUAUAACCUUGCGGCCGUGCCAGGACCAAGACUGUGGGGUGGACAACCACAGUGAUUCUUCAUCCAGGUCUAAACUCCACAACACUUCCAGAGUGGAGACCACCACCAGCCGCAUGUGCUGCCAACGCAGCAACUUCAGCGUCCAGUCCUUGGACACCACCUCUGCUGACUUCAACGACACAGAGUCAGGCUUCGAAAGCAGCAGUAGCACCACCACAGUCACCAGCUGGAGACGCCAAAGACAAAACCAGCAAUCCCAAGAAGAUAGUUUACCAGACAUGAAGAAUGUGACUGUGAGAAGCACCUGGAGGAACCGGGGCACUGUGUCUGCGGAUGAGACAAGUCAGGGAAGAGGGGCUACAAGGACAGUGGCUGAUGGUGGGUCAGAGGAUGAAGCAGAAGCUGCAACAACAUGGAGGGCUUACCGGGCUACCACCUUUGAUACAGAAGAAUCAAUAAACAGUGGAACAGGGGCUGGUGGGAAUGCUGAGGCCCAGAAGGGCGCCAAGCCAUCCCCUGCAGAGGUGUACAUGCGCAGGAUCAACAGUGUUGUUACUACAGCUAGAGAAGUCGAGGAACCAGGGCUUCGCCGAGGCAAAUGUACACAGUCUCCCACCAUGGAAACAGGAAGUGUAGGAAGGAGCAUACCUCACUCACCUGUUACCUCUCAGUCCUGGGGCCGAUCAUACACACAACAACCACAGGCUGCUGAUAGCGUAGAGUCCAGUCCAAACCCGAGUCACAGCCCAGCCUCCUGGAGGCGGCAGCUACCCAGCAGCGACUCUCACCACCUGGGGAGCUCUUAUGACCGGACAACCAAGACAGCAGGGGCCUCCUCCAGAGGGGAGCUGUGGUCCAGUCGGGGUCAAGGCUCAGGGGCCAGAGCUGAGGGGAGAGGUGGAGCUGGGAGCAGACUGUGGAGCCACCGUCAAUCUGAACAUCAUUAGACCAACUGGGUCUGAGCAGCAAAAGGACAGCACUCCAUUAAUCUCUCAAUGGCACAAGGAGGGCCAAACAUCAGUCUCCCAUCAACUAGUGGCUACACCAUUACCACCAUCUCCAAAAGUCAACAUCUACAGCUUUUAUAACAAGCAAAGAAAAGAAAAAUGGCAUUUGUAGCCAUAUAGAACAACAAACCACAGACAUCCUUACUCUGACCCUGAGUGUACGCUGAGACCUGAACGGCUCUUCCUAUCCGGAACUUUCUCUGUCCCAAAAGGGGCAUAAAUGGAAAGACAGUGCCUGUACAGUGUUUUGGAGGUCGGCCGCCUCACCAGCCCAUGUAUCCUCUUCUGCUUCUUGUGUUGGAUGUAUUAUAAUAUAAUCCCGAAACUUGACAAGGGAGAGGCUGGCAUGCUGGGGACGGCUGCAUGGCAGAAAAGGUUUAAUGGACGUUGGAGGGAGAGGGGACUUUCUCAGAGGACCACUACAGUGACCUCAAUGGAGCCGGAUAUGUCGCUUCUGCAUCGGAGUCUCAACCGUUCCUCAUCACUGAAAAAAAAACAAACAAAAAACAACCGUAUUUUGAAUCAACAGCAAUAUGAUGUUUAGGAUGCAUCUUCAUCUCACAGGGCUGGAUCUUCACGCAGAAUCAUUCACAAACUAAAGGAUCUUUACCUUAAAUGUGACCAAAAACAGGAAGCGAAUUACCGUCUCUGCUGACUCGCACCAUAAUAUUCACUUCUUGUAACUGAACUCGUAUUUGCUUUGACGACCUGAUGUGCUUUUUUUUCCCCCUCCCAAUUUUCUCACAUAUAUGUAUGCGAAACCAUAAAAAAACACAUGCACAUACAACAGGAAAACAUGUGCACAUUUUAAACUUUUGGUUUAUUUUUAACCCGUGUCACCACAUUUUUUACAUGCAGCCUCAAAUUGGAUUUAAUUUGGGGUCUUCAAUUUUGAGCAAACAUUUGCAUGUUUCCAAGUAAUGGCUGAAGAGCACUUGAAAGAUCAGGACUCAGCAUGCACUCUGCUUAAAGGAUUGCUGGUUUGCUGCAUUUAAGGAGUGCACACGCGCAUACAUUAUUUCAGACAGACCGGGACCUUUUUGCCAUUUUCACCACUUAUUUUGAUUCUUUGUAAUUCGCUUCCUGUUCUGCAUUAUCCUUUCUCUUUCUGCUCAACCAUAUCAAGACAAAAAAAAUAAAUAUUAAAUCAUAACUUGCACGCAAUGAAAUGCAAUGCACAUGUAGAAAAAAAGAAAAAUGGGGGAGGGUAGGGGGGGGCAUAGUUUAUAACCUCAAACCAUGCUACAAUUUCCGUGGUGCUUUGUCUUACAGCUGUUGCAAUUGUCCUCAUUCAUGUAUUUUGAGACAACCAUAGCAAAAUGGAGUUUUUGUUUUAACUGCACAUUGGACUUUGGAUUACCAGCAAACCUGGCCUGGCAAGGCGGACUUAUUUUCAGUGCUGCUGUGAGUUCUGUGUACAUGCCAGCCAGUCAUAGGAAGACACAAGGCUUCUAACCACAAGGAACUGACAGUCUAGCUUGUGUGUGACUGGGUUCGCAGUGCGAAUCUUCCCGGCUUUUCACCAUUUCUUAUUUCUACAGAAGUGUAUUAUUUUGUUAUGUCAUAAAAUAUCAACUUGUGGUUGGUAUGUUAGAGCAAUCUCUCAUUGCCGGGGGCCACUGCAGCAAUGGGGGGGUGCCAUGGAAACUGAUUUUAGUUGUGGCCAGUAAUAAAAUAAGGUGUUUUCUUUUAGGUAAAUGGUGCAUAUCUAUGACAGAAACCUCACUGACAUUGUCAAACUGUCUGUAAUGUUGGAAUCUUCCGACAGGCUCUUGCUGGAUUUUAGAUUUUAACACGUAAGAUUCAUUUCAGUACGACUGGCGAUGUAAACUUUGAUCCCAUAACAAAAUUUAUGAAUGUUGCUAUUGAACACAGCUGGGAAUUACCAGUUGCUUAAUGGCUCGAUGUGCUUAUCCAGCACGACUGCAUUAUUUGCCUGUCUGAGUAGAUCAUGUAACCAUAACUGUGAUAACUUGGGACACAUGGGAUCUGUUGAAGCGCUUGGGACAUUUAAAGCCCAGCCUCCAUCCGGUUCCUCUGCUGUUAUGGGUUUCAAUGCUGCGUUCAGUCAGACCCUGCUGGGGAUGGCCUGUUUCAGUUUUUUCUCAGUUUCACAUGUAUUCUACCAGUUGCCAUCUAGCUGUAAUAUUUAUUAGUCUCCAUACAUGUACAGGUUCUUUUGUUGUGAAGAGGUCUGAGUGGUUGCAGGAGUCCAGUCUGUCGCCACUUUGUCACUUUACUGUGUAUACAAGCAGGAGAUUAUAUGCAAUCCGAUUUGCACCAUAUUCUUACACUUGCCGUGCAGAUAAACAACAUGCAAUACUAAUUGUGAGGUUCUUUUUUUAACUUUAUACUUUUUACAUUCAGAGGAUUGUUGUAUGGAACGUCGUAAAAGUAUUUUGGUUCAAGCGUUAAAAGAGUUUCUCAGAGGGAACUCCUCCCUGAAGGAUGUGUUCCCUGAGGAAAAAGCUAAGGAUUUUUUUUUUUUUUCCUAACCUAACUUCAAAGUACCCUCUUAAAGAAUACAGACCGCACCGCCCAAAAAGCUAUGUCCUUUGGAUUUGUCUGUCAGAGUCGCAGGGCGCAGCGCAGCCUCAGAAAGGAUUGCCAUGUGGCCUCUUCAUGGCCACUGCUGGCUUUAUGAUAGAGCAAAAACAGACCAGACAUGCUGUUCAGAGCUUUUAGUGCACAUGCCAGGAGUUGAUGAUCAUAUAGUCUUUCUGUGCUUUCUCUGUUGCUGUUUCUACUACCACUCUUCUCAUUUCCCAAGAGGGAAAGUCAUCUCUUCCCCAAUCUCUCAUCUUUUCAACCGAUUCCAAUUUUCCUCCUAGUAUUUUAGAGAAAUCAAAUAUCCCUCCCAGCCUCCCUCCCCCUGUCCUCUCUUCCUCCUCUGUCCUCUUGUUUCUCUGCAUCUGCCUUGGAGUGUCAUUUCCUAAAGGGAAAGCCGAGUCCUAAACCAGCAGUGACACGUGUUGGUGGUUCACAGAGUUGUUUUGUCGAAGGCCAGAGGUCUGUCACCGGACAGUGAUGGGCUGCUCCCUGGGCAGCUGAAAGGUCAGAGGUCACGGGCUGCAUCUAAUCUCGUCUUGACUCAGGGCUUCUAAAUACGGGAGGGAGGAAGAUGAACAGCUUGGCAGCGAUGUCCACUUUAGGGAUAAUUAAAACAGACGAGGGUAUCGAAUAUCCAGUUCUGCCUGCGCUCAUGCUGCCACAGAUACACGUGGUGUGUCCGUCGGUGUGUGUUGUUAUUAAUAUGUCAGCGAGGGCUCUUGUUUUAAAGCUCGGCAUGUGAACUGGUCUGUUGUAAGCUGCUGCAGAUCCCAGAGUAAGAAGGUGCUGAAUGACAAAUGUGCACGUGUGUUUGUCAGAGUUGGCAUGCAGGGCUGUUUUUUGUUUUUUUAAAUAGUCUAUGCUGACAUCACUGUAGAUCAGGAUUAAUGUAUACAGCAACUUGGCGAUGCAAGACCCCUCCUCAGCACCUAUCCUGCCUGAUUGCCCCCAUGAAUUAAAAGUGCCACCUGUUUUCCUCCACCCAAUAAAUAAGUCUACCAUGCAGACAAUCCUGCAGUUUCAGCCGUCCUCACCACCACUGAGCUGGCCAGCAUUUAUCUCUCUCCACUCACCCUUAAGAGAGUAUUUGAGUCGGGGGGGUCCCAGGAAGAGCCCAGCUGUUGGAAAAUGUAGGUUUUAUGACGGGUUGGAGGAUUUCCCUCUCGGAGGCCAGCUUCAAAGAAAGCGGGCCGUAGGUCAAGGGCAAAGUUGAAACUGCAUCCUCUGCUAUGCAUGCUGCCUUUCUUCCUUACAAGGCCCUAAAGUACACUAACACGAUAUAGGACAUCCAGUCCGUUCAUUUAAAUCUAGCUGGACUGCCAGGAUGAAAACCAGUUGAGGCUAUCUGUCUACAUGUGUUUUGGGCUACUCGAAUGUUGUAGGUCUCAUUCGAUGCUUCGAGGGUCGAGAGCCAGCAAAGUGUUGACAUGGCGGAAUGUACUGACUGGUCAUCUGGGAGUCAAGUGAAGACUUCUAUGGCUUCUGUGGCACCAUAAAGAAACAGCCAGGGGCCUUUUUUUUCAGGGUUUUUGAUGGUUCCUCUCCUUCUUGAAUGAUGGCAGUUUUGCAGGGUAAGAUAGCUGCUGCUGGAGCAGAAUAUUUAAGACAAGGCUGUGAAUGAUAUGAUUUUUUACAGAAAUUUCCACAAGGAGGCAAGAGGUGGUUAAGCAGCAAAGAGAAACGAAGCUGCUUCGCCUAACAAUACCUACUAAAGAAUUAACAGAAAUCCCCUUAAAUUCUGCUGGUGUAUGUACAAACAUCCGUUAUUUACAAGUCAUUGUUUUUUCCUUUUUAUAAAGUAGACUAGAAUGUACUUAGUGGAGAUUGGAGUGGUGGGGCAGAAAUGGCUCCUGGGCAGUGAACAAGCCCUUGUCCUCAAAGGACUCCAUUGUGAAGCCGGGGUCAUGGUGUCACUGGGUGGCGUAGGCUGUAAUCUGCACUUAACCAGCACUUAACUUUAAGACCUCAAACGACUAAUGCCCCCUUAGUCCCUUUUGUCUAAAAGUUUCCUCUUUUGUGUCCCAGAAUUGUACUUCAGCUCUGUUUCAGUAGCUUUUUGCUGCAUGUACAACAAUCAGAUAUAUUAUGUUUUGUUUUUGUUUUUUUUUUUUUGCACCAGCCAGAUUAGAGUAUUUAAGAAUCAUCUCACGAGUUCAGGAAAGGAAAUUGGUGUGCAUUUGGUGAAUGAAUCAUGUUUGAACAUAUUUUUGGAGGUAUGGCUCCCUGUAUGGCUUGCAUCUCAGCCUUCUAACGUCGUGCCAAAAUCAUUCCGCAGUAUUUCCAGUUUACAGAUGGAGACGGUGCCAAUGUUUCCCCAGAUGGAUACCCUGUCUCUAAAAUACUGAAAUUAAGGGGAAAUAAUCAUUUCGAGGGUUUUCUCUUUUUCUUGUUUUCUGCUUAUGUAUGUUUUUAUUUCUUUGUUAAACAAAAGAUGUCUUAUUUUGGAAGCUAUAUCGGAUAGAUUUUAUUUAAGGAAAAUCUUGUAAUUUUGUAAAGUGGGCCUUAUUAUUGAAAUAUAUUAAGUAUUUGUCCGUCUUGAUUUUAAGAAUGGAUUCUUUUUCUUUUUUUUUGUUUUGCAAGAUAAUGUAUCUUCCUCAUUGUUAUUACACUCCUGGCGAGUACUUCUUCCUCUAUUUUGUGUUUAUUAUUUUAAUGCAAAACAUUUCUCACGACCUGGAGACAUGAUGGCACACCGUGGAUCAGACAGCGAGACAGAGAGAGGCCAGGGUUGUGUCAUAGUCAUUGAAGAAUGAGAACGAUGUGCAUUUUAUCAGAGCUGAGCAGGUCUGCGGUGCUGAGUGGUUCUCCAUGUGUUGUCCCAUUUUUAUCAGGGACCAUUCAGUGCUCCGGGCCUCUUCGCUGUGCUGUUCUCUCUCGCUCAUAAAUUCAGGGUUUGUACAUCUUCUGUGCUGUAUGUUUGUAAGUGCUGCCAAAGAAAGGAACAUUGCAGGCCCCAGACCCACAUGUAUAUACGAACGCACACAAAUAAUCUAAUAGGAAUCAAAAAAAAAAAACAACAUAUAGCUGGAUCUCAUCUCUCAUACACACACACACACACAUGCAUAGACACACUCAUUUCAGGCCUGUACAUUUUUUUUUUUUUUUUUUUAAUUUUUAAUUGCUGAGGGUUUUCAUUUUGUGUGCAGAAGAAGGAGACUGACAGACAGAGGUGUCAAACAUGAUGUGUGUGUGAUGAAAUCAAAAGGGUUUUUAUGAUCUGUUGCUUCUCAGUGUGUCAGCAAUGCCAGGUGGACUGAAUGGGGAGACUUUUUUUUGUUUUAGACUUCAUACAUCGUGCAUGUUUUAACCUUACUGUGGCUGGCGCACUCUGCAUGUAGGUCUCUUGAAGCUGCCAACUGUACAGCAAACCAUAUGUAUUCCAAUAAAAAUAAAAAACCGACCUGUUUGUAA